CCCCCGCAGGUGGUGAGAGGCGGAUGUGUGCGUCCGCGCUCCCACCUCUCCUCCCCCACCUCCCCUCUUCUUGCUCACUUACUCUGACUUUCUCAGUUUUAACUUUUCCGAAAAUUUAUUUUGAGUUGACAUUGUGUUUAUAAGCGACUUUGCCCUAUGAAAGCAUAUUAUUGUGAUUUUUUUAAUGAGAGAUUGGUGUAUAUCCACAGUGAUAACUGCAUUCUAGUGUAGUGGAACGAUUCAUAGAAAUAUAUAUAUAUAUAUACUAUAUUUGUAUGAAAUUGAUAGUGUGUAUUCUGAAGCAAGUGUUUCGUCGGUGCAAGAGGAAGAAGCUCCAAGACGUAACAAUCUUAACUAGCCACUUGAGGCUGGUGAUCAGACGCGAUUAACAAGAACACCGCAGGAGCUAAAGCUGUGGGACAUUGCGUGAUAAAGUGGGCCACGCCCACGGUCACCCUCUCACCCACCCACUCCACGCCCACCGGCCUCGCUACGCCCACUCCGCCCACCAUCGACCCCCAUGGCUGAUGGAUAGUGAGGUUAGCUGGUGGAGGAACACCUUGACAGCGAUACGACGGCUGCUAUACCGACGGGGACGAGCCACGGUGAAUGGGAUGUUGUCGAUACUCAAUUAAGCGAGAAGUCUUAACAAAUUCAGGAAUUCUUCACCCACUCAUGUUUAGUGAGACGCUGAUGUCAAAUCAUGGUUUGAUGAAGAUGUUAGGAAGCAGAGCUGAGAGGCACAGCAACAUCACCCGAGCUAGGUGUUUGUCCUCCGCAUCAGCAAUAUACAGCCAGCCUCCCCAGACACACACACCUGUCAGACGUCCAGGCAAGUGUGCAUGCUUGGGCAUGUGUGUGUGUUGCACAUACGCAUCGUGUAUUAGAUUGUUUCCUGCCUCGUCGAAACACCAUCCAGAGAGAAACAUGAAGCACGCCAGCAGACGGGUGUAGGAUACACCAGGAGGCGGGUGUAGGAUACACCAGGAGGCGGGUGUAGGAUACACCAGGAGGCGGGUGUAGGAUACACCAGGAGGCGGGUGUAGGAUACACCAGGAGGCGGGUGUAGGAUACACCAGGAGGCGGGUGUAGGACUCACCAACAGGAAGGUGUAGGGCAAAGUGUGUAAUGGAGAGGCUGUGUCGUGCCGAGGCACAGAGAACCCUCAAAUAUAGAGCUCGACUGUGUAAAAGUUAGUUACAAACUGGUCCGGUUUGGUGUGGGAUUAAACUUCCAAGUCCUUCAUGUGGUUCUGUCAGACAACAGGUUCCGGUUCGCAUGCUUUAUAACUACUGAAGUGUGCCUUGAGUACAGACAGAAUACCAAUUGAAAACAUGUAGAAUUGAAUGAGUUAGUGAGAAAAGUGAUCAAAUAAAAAUAUAUAAUGUGGGAAGCCCAUGGGUUAUGACAGCGUUGGUGAGUGAACAGAGAGAAGGGAGAAUGUUGAGGUGGAAGGAGCGAGGGACGAGUGCCACAGGUCUGGUCUGCGACCUGCCUGAUAGUGCCUGGCACUCGCCACUCUCAGAGCCUGAAAACACCCAGGUGAGGGCCCUCAUGCGCACCUCGCCAGCAACGGAGAGUAAUAACGCCAGGAGAAAGAGAACGAGGAGAAAAGGUUGGCGGAAUUAUCACACCUGUUCAUAUCAGACUUUUGAAUUACCAGUGUCUUAUGCUGUGAGAGGCUCGCUGGGCCUCCUCACUCACUCUGUAUAUGUGUGUAUAGUAGACUGUUGUUUCAUUAUCAUGUCCUUGCUCCGGACUAAACCCGACUUGGCUGCUUGCAGUCAUGUCUGCUUGUAUGAUGUAAAGUCUGUGUGCAAGUGGACCUUUCUCAAACUGAAGCAAUAUAAAAACGCUUACAAUGUGAUCAUAUAUCUAAUUAUUCUGUUUUCUUUUCCUGUUGCGACUGAGGGCUUUUGCCCAACUGGCUGUGACUGUGAUGACAGUAGUUUGAUUGUUAACUGUGAAAACGUGAGCUUAGAAGUGGUUCCGAUCCUCUUGAACCCAAGGGUGCAAACGAUAAUUCUCACCCGUAACAAGAUCCGAGCCCUUUCCCAAUCUCUUGUUUUUUACGCUGAUCUAAAGAAACUGGACAUAUCAGACAAUGAAAUAGUGACGCUUGGAAAAAAGAACUUCGAGGAGCAGAAGAGUCUGCAGGAGCUGCGUGUGAGCAACAAUCACCUCAAGACGAUAGAGGGCACUGCACUGCAGGGUCUGGUGGGGAUCAGGGUCCUCCACCUCGAUAACAAUAAGAUUUUCCUCGUCGAGGACGGGGCCUUCAGAGGUCUUGUCAACCUGAUAGAAUUGAACUUAUCCAAUAACAAAAUUAAAACCUUGAGUGAGAACAGCCUUAGUGCACUCCCCAACUUGUGGACGCUUAACCUGAGUGGCAACAAGUUAGGGAGUGUCCCGAGUGCCGGGCUGAGUAACCUGACGUCUCUGUCGGAGCUCGACCUCAGUGACAAUCAGAUUUCGCAAGUGCCUGGUCGUGCCUUCGGCGGCGUCACCAGCCUGGCCCGUCUCAUUCUAGACAAGAAUAACAUUAGUGACAUUAGCCCGGAGGCGUUCGCAGGUGUGUACGAGCUACGUCGCCUCUCCCUCGUCGACAACCGCCUUCUGCAGGUUCCCUCCACUGCCCUCAGUGCUCUUCCUGAUCUCCAAGAACUAGACCUCAGUGGAAACCUUUUUGAGACGCUCCCUGGGGACUGCUUCAAAGGUCUGACUUCGCUGUUGUCUCUGUCGAUGUCUCGCUGCCCGCGGCUCAACACCAUCAGCAGUGAGGCGUUUCUGAGCACCAGCGUCCUCGACUCGCUGGUGCUCAGUCACAAUCCUCGCCUCUCCUCGCUCACGCCUACAGCGUUGGCUUCGCUCCUCACCCUCCGCCAUCUCGAUCUCACAGCUUGCGGUCUCCUCUACCUCACCCCUACACAGGUGCCGCUGCAGCACCUCAAGAGCCUGAGAAUGUCUGGCAACCCCCUGCACUGCAACUGCUCCCUGGUGUGGCUCUCCAAGCUGACCUCUGACCCCAACGCCUCGGUCAGCGUCGACCAGCCAGCCUGUGCCAGUCCCCCAUCACUCUAUGGUGUGUCUGUGCGAGAGCUUGGUGACGGAGGCGUGGGUUGUGACGGCCGUGUCAGCCUGUGGACCAUCUUGAUCUGUGUCGCCGUCACACUCCUGGGCCUUGCCGUUAUUGCUAUAUUUCUCGUCUGUCGCUGGAGGAGGAAGAGGAAGAAAAGGAGAAAGAGGAACAAGCAAGACAAGACACUAGGGAUGUGGGACGAGGUGUGGAGGCCAGACAACCACAUCACCAAUACCCACCUGCCCCCACCACCUACCAAUGGCGACUCGACCCUCUACCCACUCACUACACCAACGCGUCUUGGGCCGCCCCCUCGUCUUCCCCCAGAUCACCCGCUUCACCAUCUUCAACAUAACCAUCACCAGGGUUGUCUCCAACAGUGCCCGUACGCCGCUCUCCAUCCUCUCUACCACCCGCUGCUUCAUCCCGACAUCACCCUCCACCUUGACACUGGCACUCUGUACGGGGAGUGCGCGCCGGGUGUGCCUCCUGGCCACGCCUCACAGGGCCCGCCUCUCCCGCUUAGUGACCCCCCGCACUGGUACGCCACUAUUGGUGGCGACGACAGUGGCAGGGAGAGUCGACCCUUGACUCCUCUUGAUCCCACUAACAGCCCCCGAAAAGUGCCCGUCACUUACGUGUGAGCGGUGACUGCAUUCUGGUGACCUAGCGUGACCUCUGGUGACCUCCCUUGGCCUCUGGUGACCUCCCUUGGCCUCUGGUAAGCGUGUGGAAAAGUGAGUUAACCUGUGAGGAUUAUUUUUGUUUACCUCCAGUACAUACAAUUUAUAAUUAAACAGAAGAUUUUCAAAGGAACCCGGUCAUUGUAAGAGAAGGGAGGGAAGUAGAGGGUACAGUGGCACCCAAGUUGCGCCAGUGCCCAUCCUGCUCGACACAUAUGGACACAACAGUGGCAGAAUCUGUGGUGAAGAGUGACGGACACCGCCUUGACCACUACCUGAGAGAAUGUGAACAUCUAAGAGACAUUAGAAAUGUGUAGAAUAAUAAACCCCACAUUGUUUGAGUUAGGAAAACACUAUUUGUCCAAUAUAGAUACUCUUCUUAAAAGAUUUCCCCCAUUUGGCACCCGCAAGAUAACGUAAAUUUUAGGGGUUGGCAAAUGUUAAUCUUGUUUGAUAAGCUGUUCACUUGACAGACAAGUCCCAGCUGUGUCUGGGUACAAGUGACAGGAUGAACAACCCAGCGGGUUUUCUUCCAAUUGGGGGGCACAUACUGCUAUGGCGGUAUGUCCACUCACAGGAUGAAUGACGCUGCCCGAUGAACUCACCCAUCGAGACAAAAUUAUAUUCAAACGCUUUUUCAGUGCAAUACUUCCAUGCCAGAGAAAUAAACAUGAAGUGAGAGAUAACCAAAUUUGAAGAAAUUUGUUAAAAUAUAAGAAAUAAAGCGUGAGACUUAAGACCCAAGAUGGAUUCUGAGGUGAUCAUGACACAACUCUAGUUAUAUCUAUACAAGAUACUAGUUAUAUCUAUACAAGAUAUAUAGACUGUCUAUACAAUGACAGAAGACGGAAUAACAUGAAGCUGAGGAACUGUUCACUUUAAAACAAAUCGCCAGUGCCACAAAGAGAACAAUUUGAAAACGUUUCUCGAAAAUUAUUUACAUGUUUGACAGCAGUCAUCGACUUAAACAAAAAUAAUGAUAAUGAUAAAAAAAACAAUUGAGAAGCAGGGAGUGGAGCAUCAGCUGCCAACAUGAACCAGUGUAGCCAGCACCACACUACCCCUCCUGGGGCUCAGGUCAGUGCAAGUGUGACAGUACACUCGUUGGAGAUGUGAUGAAUAUUGUAACCAAUACAGUAUAUACAAAUUUAUAUACGUUUGUUACGUAAAUGCUAUGCAAGAACUGAUCGCGACAGUUAGGAUAUGAGAUAAGAGAACACAGUAGUACCAUUUGAGUAUUACUGUGUAAGGAGUUACAGGAAAUACAUAUCAGAGUGGAGAAAUUACUUCCUUUUUAUUUAACCCUGUUGCACCGCGCUUCCUGGCUCUAUUUUGUAUUCGUUAAAGCACAGAGCUUAUUAAUCACAAGACAUGAACAAGUAACCAUGUAACACUUCUGAUGACUAUAUUACAACAACCAUGCAUAAUUUCUACUGUAACAACCAUGUAUGAUAAUCCUUUACCCAUUCCAGGAUCAGACGAGGUUCAGCACUUGUUGCAAACCCCUUCCCUCUUGUUUACAUAAACAACAAUUGAUAUUCUUUGUUUUGUAAUGGUUUGUCAGGAAUAAAGACUUUUCAAUA